UUUUUGCUUGCGGACGUGGCCCUCACUGUGAGCGUGCUCUGUGCAGCGGCGGGAGCGCGCACCUUAGGCACCUGUGGGGACGGUGGCCGACAUGAGCCGCGCGGAGAGGGCAGAGACAACCACAAGAAGCAGUUACUGUCAUAAUGAGUGGCAAGCACCCUUCCCGCAGUUACCUGAAACCAGCAGCUGUGUCCUCCACAACACUAGGUCAUAGCUAUCACUUUGCACCUAUGGGCAAUUCAGAGAAUGACUUAUCAGAGGAGGAUGCCGAGGAGUAUGAACUGCGGCCACGAGGGAGGGAGAAGACUAGAAGGAGCACAUCCAAAGAGCGCCUCGAUGACAUCAUUUUUAUCAGCAAAGACAUUGGAGAAGGGGACACCUUAAAUUCGAUAGCCCUCCAACAUUGCUGUACUGUUGCAGAUCUGAAACGAGCCAACAACCUCAUUAAUGAACAGGACUUUUUCGCAUUGAGGACAAUAAAAAUUCCUGUGAAGCGUUUCAGUUUACUGACCGACACAUCGUUUUCCCCAAAGGGAAAGCAAUCCAGGACUCUGCCUGGCCAGCCAUCAGAAGACCAGCAGGACAGCUUCUUAUUCCAGGCAAUACCUUUAGAGACCGCCAACAGUUUUCUACAAGAAGUUGACCGAGAUAUCAAGCAGAUUGUAAAGUCCACAGACGCGACAAAAGAGAACCUGCAUGAAGUGGUUUCUGCUUUAAGCCCCGAUCCCCAUUUUGAACCUGAUUUCAUAGUGGCCAAACCGAAAGACCCCUAUUAUGGAGCCGACUGGGGUUUAGGCUGGUGGACAGCUGUUGUCAUCAUGGUGAUUGUUGGAGUAGUCACGCCAGUGUUUUAUUUUCUCUAUUAUGAGGUUCUCGACAAGCAGCCUCAUUUAAACGCAUCCCAUGCAGCCAUUCAUUUAAAGGAAAACUCUUCUCCUGGGAAUAGUUAACAGGUGCAGCCUUCCUGUGGACUCGAUAUUGUGCUCCUAUCUGCACCAAGAGAAGCAGAGAUGGGAGACGUAGCCGAGCAGCAAACAAUGCACUGAACUUUGGUAAUGCAAGAUAGAGAUUGUAUUUUAUGAAGAUGCUGCUUUAGUAUUACAAUGCAACUGGUUCCUCUGUGAACAUAAAUCUAUUUUUGUACAUGCUUGCAGAUAUUUAAAUCCUUUACGCACAGAAUAACCACUUAUUUUUAUAUUUAUUGUCCUGAUAACAUUUUAGAGCUAUGAAAGCAAACCCAUUAUUC